AAAAAGUGUAACUUCGCCAUGCUUGCCGGUACCCGUGUCGCAUUUACAGACACUGGUGGACAAUUUACCCAAUUUUAUUCGGAGGAUUACCAUUUCAAUGAACAGUAGAGUGAAUCAAAACUAUAUUCAUUGCAUACAGUUGCGUUGUCCAAUGCUACACGAAGUUCAAUGCUUUGGUUUUACAGCUCUUCCACCUGACAAUAAGAGGAUUGGCGAUUCGCUUCAGAUCAAGCCCACCGUGUGACCUGUUACCCGUCAGGUUAAUAAAACGGGUGUCUUAUUCAUACUCGAUCAUACCAUCGAAGAGGGAGGUGUUUCAGUAUACGGGAAGAAUCAAAUACGUAUUCAAUUUCAAACAUCGGUACUGAUCUACCUAAAAGUGUGAUGUGUACACGACAGUUGUCAUGGCAAUAUCACUAUUAGCAACGUCUAUCGCUAUCGUCAUUAUGGUGAUAGUUUUUGUCCAAGGAGUACAGCUAGCCGAUCUAUGUAUUGAUGCCUGUGAGGACGCUGUUAACGGUGAUUGCGAUGACGGUGGUGACAACGCUACAUCAUCUUUUUGUGAAUAUGGCACUGACUGUACUGACUGUGGUGCUCGUGAAUAUGGUCCCGAUCUAUCGUGUUGGAAUACGUGCCAGUACGCCAACGAUGGGUCAUGUGACGACACUGGGCCGGGCUCUGAUUUCAGUGAGUGUGUGUACGGGACGGAUUGUUUAGACUGUGGUCCGCGUCAUGAUUCCGGUCAACCAACGUGUUUCGAGACUUGCGUAUAUUCAAACAAUGAUGAAUGUGACGAUGGUGGACCAGGUGCCAACUAUACAGAUUGCUUUUACGGCACAGACUGUGCAGACUGCGGUACAAGGUAUCACGAGUUUCAACCGACACUCUGCACUGACACGUGUGAUAGUGCUAACAACGGCGAAUGCGAUGAUGACAGCUUCUUCAGUAGCAGUUUUAACUGUUAUCUUGGUACAGACUGCUCGGACUGCGGCAUACGAGGAGUUUUACCAGACCUGUACCUUUUACCAACAACGGCAAAUAGUGAGACAACGGUAUCGACAAUGUCAACAUCGAUAUCAACGACGAAAGAAAACGUGACAGAAGACAGUCAACAAUCGUGGAUGAUUAUCGGAGUGGGUACUGCAAGUGGUGUCCUCAUUUUUGCCAUUCUAAUAGUUACUACGGUCGCGUGCAUAAAACACCACAGCCAUAUGAAAAACCAAGUCACGCCCGUCCAUCUGAUACAAGAAUAA